GUAGCGCUUUCGCGCUUCGCGCCGAGGCAAGAGGGAGGGAAACUCCGGAGUGGAGACAAAGCAGCGGGAGCGGGAACAUCCGGGUCACUCGCGCGGCCUCGAUCUGGGACACGCGCGGCGGCGGCGGCUCUCGAGGGACUCUGAAUAUGUCUGGCAUAGCUCUUAGCAGACUUGCACAGGAGAGGAAAGCCUGGAGAAAAGAUCAUCCAUUUGGAUUUGUAGCAGUACCUACAAAAAAUCCAGAUGGCACGAUGAAUCUAAUGAACUGGGAGUGUGCUAUUCCAGGAAAGAAAGGGACACCAUGGGAAGGAGGCUUAUUUAAACUACGGAUGCUUUUCAAGGAUGACUACCCUUCUUCACCCCCAAAAUGUAAAUUUGAACCACCGUUAUUCCACCCAAACGUGUAUCCUUCAGGCACCGUGUGUCUCUCCAUCUUAGAGGAGGAUAAGGACUGGCGGCCAGCAAUCACAAUUAAACAGAUCUUGUUAGGCAUACAAGAACUUCUAAAUGAACCAAAUAUUCAAGACCCAGCUCAAGCAGAGGCUUACACAAUUUACUGCCAAAACAGAGUGGAAUAUGAAAAGAGGGUUCGAGCACAAGCCAAGAAGUUUGCACCAUCAUAAGCAUUUGUCACGCAGCAUCUUAAAAAGGAAGGGAUUGGUUUGGCAAGAACUUGUUUACAAAACUUUUGCAAAAUGUAAUGUUGCUAUGUACAAUUAAUAUCCACAUAAGGGGAGGGGGUUGUAUGUGUGCCAUUUUCCAUAUUCGCCAGUUGUAUACAGUUCUAAAUUUGCUGAAUUGCCCCCAGUUUUUUCAUACAGGGUCUCUUCCUUCAGUCUUUUGUAUUUUUGAUUGUUAUGUAAAACUUGCUUUUAUUUUAAUAUUGAUGUCAGUAUUUCAACUGCUGUAAAAUUAUAAACUUUUAUACUUCUAUAAAUUCACUAGUAUCUCUAGUUACUUUGCUAUCUGAUGCAGGCAUGCUUUAAAAUGUUAGAACUAUAUUUAGCCUCUAGCUGGCUGUAUGAAAAAAAAUCAUGCCCUCCACCCCCUUCCCUCCCUGAAUUUGUUUUUUCUAUCUUUCAGAAACUAGGUUGUUAUUGCUUAAGAGCCUCUGAGAUCCAAAGUUAGCCAGCAUCCUUAUUCUGCAUCACUUUCUUUGUGUUUAUAUGGCAUUCUGUCUGUGUUGCUGUUUAGAGUAAAUAAACUGUUUAUAUAAA